CCCGCGGCUCCGAGCGCGGGCCUGGGCGCCGGCCCGAGCUGGGCUGCGGCGGCGGCGGGGGAGGGGGGCCGCGGGCCAGGUGGGAGGGAGGCGGACGGAGGAAUGCACGGCUCGCUGCUUCCACUGGACCCCCAAAGUCUCCUUACGGCCGAACGCCCUCUCCUUCCACCUCUUUCCGACUUCCAGGGAAACCACAAGACUUUCCCCGAGAGGAAAGGAGUGUGGGGAGGCUCCCUUCGGAAGCAAAAGGUCCCAGCGAACAGCGAGGGCACAAAAGGUUCCCUCUGUGCGGCGCUCCGCACCCCGUCUCGGACCCCGGGGCGGUUCCCGGGGCGAGGGGUGGGGGAGAAAGUAUGAAAAGCCCCGCCGGCGCCGGGAAGCGCGUCCGGGGGCCUCUGCAAGGGCGCCCGGCCCUCCGGGACCUCCGAGCCCCGAGGGGCCCCGCGGGCCUCGCGGCGGACAGCGCAGGCGAGUCCCGAGGUCCGAGAGCGCCGCGUCCCGCCCUGUCUCCGAGGGGGGGAGGGGGGCCCGCUGGGAGGACUCGGGCCAGACCCGGAGUAGCGGCUGACCACCCCACCCUGGUCGUCGUCCACGUCCGCUCGGCCCGCGGAGCCCCGCGCUGGACGUGCCCGCCCGGGGCAUCCAGCCCCUUCCGUCCGCCCCCGCCCCGGGAAGUCCCCCGCCCAGCGCCCAGCCGCCGCCCGGGGAGGUGUGGGCGAGCGCGCUGGAAGGAAACCGCGGCGGCCCGGCCCCUGGACGUGUCCGGGAAGGAACGCGGACUUUCUCUCAUUCCACAAGUAUUUAUUCAGCAGCUACUACGUCGUGGUCGGCCCGAACAGGGCCACGGGCAGCAGGCUUGGCAGGGCCCGGACCCACAGCACUUGCCUGCGCUCCCCCAGCCUUUCCGUCUCGGAGGGAGCCUCCCAGUCCCCCAGCUCCUCUCCAGCCAGGUCUUCCUCGUGUGCACCCAGGAAGCCAGGCUUCACCGGUGACUAAGGGAAGCCCCCUUCCCCUUGCUCCGUUGUUCAGCCUCACUCCAUUCAUCAAGAAGUGAUGCCACAGGGCAAGCCUCGCCCUGUUCCAGACCCAGCAUGAGCGAAGUUCCCUGCAGAAAACGUGAUGACUAUCUUGAAUGGCCUGAGUAUUUCAUGGCGGUGGCCUUCUUAUCAGCACAGCGGAGCAAAGAUCCAAAUUCCCAGGUUGGUGCCUGCAUCGUGAAUGCAGAAAACAAAAUCGUGGGCAUUGGGUACAACGGGAUGCCAAAUGGGUGCAGCGAUGACCUCUUGCCUUGGAGGAGGACAGCGGAGAACAUCCUGGAUACCAAGUACCCUUACGUGUGCCACGCGGAGCUGAAUGCCAUUAUGAACAAAAACUCAGCAGACGUGAAAGGCUGUAGCAUGUAUGUCGCCUUGUUCCCGUGUAAUGAAUGUGCUAAGCUCAUCAUCCAGGCAGGUAUAAAAGAAGUCAUUUUCAUGUCUGAUAAAUACCACGACAGCAAUGAGACCACAGCUGCAAGGCUCAUGUUUGAAAUGGCCGGGGUCUCCUUCAGGAAAUUCACACCAAAGUGCAGCCAGAUUGUCAUUGACUUUGAUUCAAUUAACAGCAGGCCGAAUCAGAAGCUGCAGUGAGCGCCAUCUCAUUAAAUCUCCCGAAGAUUGGGAUUAUCCUCUUCUAAGAAGCUGCUAAUGCGUCUCAUCUUGAAGUUACACGUAACUUUUUAAUAACCGGGACGGCCAAAGUCGACAUCUAAAGAGUAUAAAACCUCAAGUCUUCCCGACUCACCCUCCUGUCUCAUGGAAUCUGCAUCUGUUGAAACUCUUGAUUUAGGGUUUAAAGUAAAGGCGCCGCCCCCAUCCUGUCUCCUGGUUCACCGGUGGCUCUGCAGAAGGGGGUCAGCCGUGUGUCCUCCACUGUUUCACCCCCCCUCUUCAACACCACGUGUGCUGGCAAGAAACAAAUAACUGCGGUUGUGUUCCUUCCGAGAUGAGCAGACACCCUGACCUGAACAUCUGGCCCAAAUGAAGCAAACUAUGUGAUGCCCUCGCAGGGAAGAGAGAGCCCCAUAGAACCGUAGCAUUUAGGCAUGUGCUCUGGAGAGUUGAGGGGACCCCCCCCCAACCCAGAAGUCCUGGAGGGGGUGCACCUUCAUCCUGACGGGUGAUGAGUGUCGCUGAGGCAGGGGUUUCUUUCUUCACUUCUGCGGUCCUGCCACCCCCGGGGUGGUGGCACCCUGUCCCUCUAGGGGCUGGGGACCCCUGUUGUUCCAGCUCCUCACUCUUGGUUUGUGGGGGAUGCGGAGCUCUUACCUUAGCGUCUCUGAGUAACGAGUUGCUCCUGGAGGAGGCCGCCUGUCUCCCUGCCUCGCCCUGGUCCACGCCCUGCGGGGUGAGGGGUUGUGUGGAUGGAGGGGCGGGCACACACUGCUGCCCUGUGUACCACCACGGUUCAUUUCCAAGGCUGCCCUCCUCGCCCAUCAGUGAAACGGGAGCAGGUUUCCGUUUCGUCCAGGUCUGUUGGUGACGCGAGCUCGAAUGUGCGCCUGGCGCCCUGCCUUCAUCAUCGGCCCGACUCUCGCCUUCCUAAUCACCGCCGUUUGGGGAACGGGUCACAGUGCACCUUGUCUUUAAUCUCAUUUAAUUCUUAGUAAAUGUGCUCAGUACCUUCGUCGAGAAAAUGGUUUCUUCAUCCUAAAGAUUGUGAUCGUUUAAAAAGACUCUCCUCUUAUGAGUUUUUAUUUUGUCUCUGAGGUUCUGUACGCCAAAUUCUGGGGCAUUUGUAAUUUGGCUCCUUGUCAACGUUAUUAAAAUCGUAUUAGAAUCCA